AUGACUUCCCAGACCUACAGUUUCAUCGUUGUCGGAGGCGGGCCGGCUGGAUGUGCCCUCGCGGCAUCCCUGGCCAAAUCGUCCAAGCGGCCAAGCGUCUUGCUGCUGGAGGCUGGUGAGCGCAAUGACGACAGAGCCCUCAAGGUCGCUGGCAAGCGCUGGAUGACCUUCAUGGAGAGCAAUCUGAACUGGGGAUACAAGACGACCCCACAAGAGCACUGCAGCGGGCGGCAGCUUGACUACUCCCGAGGAAAGUGUCUUGGGGGUAGCUCUGCCAUCAACUUUGGCGUGUACACCGUUGGAGCGCGAGAUGAUUAUGACCAAUGGGCCGCGGAACUUGAAGACGAUACAUUUGCCUGGAAGAACAUGCAAGCCCGAUUCAAGGAUCUGGAGACCUUUGCUGGCGCGAUCGCCCGCCCAGAAAAUCGGAAAUAUGGAGCUCCCCAGGCUGUGGAUCACGGCGAUAAGGGCGCCCUGGGGGUUGGGUAUGCGGCCGAGUGGGAGUCAGACUUGCCUCUGGUCUUAGAUGCCUUUGAAGAAGCUGGCCUGCCGCUGAACCCGGAUCAUAACUCGGGCAACCCCAUUGGAAUGAGCCUCAUGGUCAAUUCAACUCAUGAUGGAGUGCGAACCACUGCCGUGGAUCUGGUGAAGAACGCACCGGCCAAUCUGGUCGUCAUCGCUGAUAGUCCGGUGCAGCGCGUCCUCGUGGAGGGCAAGAAGACGGUCGGUGUGGAGGCCAAUGGAAAGCACUACUUGGCUACGAAAGAAGUGAUUUUGUCCGCGGGAUCCCUCGACACUCCCAAGAUCCUAAUGCAUUCCGGCAUCGGUCCCGGGGAAGAGCUCAAGAAAUUUAAUAUUCCCGUCGUCCAGGACCUACCUGCCAUUGGCCAGGGUCUAAAGGAUCACCCUUUUACCUCACUAUUGGUUACUCGAAAUCCCGAGACGAACGACCGCAACUCAUUCUUCCAGAACCCAGAUGCCAUAUCUGCCGCAAUGAAGCAGUGGGAGCAAGACGGCACCGGACCCUGGGCUCGCUACGGAUGUCAACUCGGCAGCGGCUGGUUCAAGUCAGACCGCAUCGCGGCCUCGGACGAAUUCAAGGCGCUACCCGCCGACGUGCAAGAUCUGCUGAACCGCGAGACAAUCCCGCACUAUGAGAUAGCCACCCACUUCCCCGUGCACCAUCUCAUGCCACAGAUGUUCCAGGACUAUAGCUACAUCUGCAUCGCAGUCUUCCUCAUGAACGAGCAAUCUACCGGUGAGGUGCGGCUUCAGUCUUCAAACCCAGAUGAGCCACUCCUCUUCGACCCCCACUUUCUAGAGCAUCCGUACGACCGUCGCGCGUGCAUUGAGAUGUACCGCCAUCUACUGGAACUAACCGAGCACCCUGCCUUUGCGAAAGAUACCAUCUCAACCGUCAUGGCGCCAGCAUCGAAGUCGGACGAAGACAUUCUGCAGUUCUGGCGGGAUAACGUCUCCUCGAGUUGGCACAUGACCGGCACGGUGAAGAUGGGCCAGGCGGGAUCCAAGCAUGCGGCUGUUGACAAAGCCUUCCGGGUCUUUGGCAUGGAGAAUCUGCGUGUUGCUGAUAUGAGUGUUGUGCCGGUGUUGACGAACAACCACACCCAGGCCACCGCGUAUGUCACCGGUGCUACCUGUGCCGAUGUUCUGAUUAGGGAGUAUGGAUUGGAUCAACAGUGA